UCUCCAGGAAGUCCAUCUAAUGCUCAGAGUGUCAAAUGUGACCAACACAUCCUCCAUCCUCUCCUGGUCUCCUCCUGAUAAUGAUGGAGGGAGACCUCUUUAUGAGAUAUAGUCUACACCAUCACUGCCACUGACAGAGGAGGAAGUGGAGGAGAGAGAGUGGUGGUGAGUGAGGUGAAUGAUACAGAGACCAUUGUGACUGGACUGACUCCUGGUGUCCUCUACACAUUCUCUGUAUCUGCUGAGAAUGAUGUCUCCUCUCAGGACAACAAUAUCAAUGCCAGGAGUCUCAGUACCACUGCCAACACUCAGGAAGGAGUUGGAGGGACAGUGACAGAGUUUGUGGUGGGAGAGAAUGGAGUGCUGAGCUGGUCUUCUCCAGUUCCUCCCAAUGGAGUCAUUCUCUACUACAAUGUCAUCAUAUCCACAGCUGACUCUGGGCAACUGGUCACCAGAGUUGAGGAGUUGGACGUCUUGACUAUUGAUGUCUCCAACUACGGAGAGAUCAACAUGGACUACAAUGUUACUGUGCAGGCAGUGACGUCAGUUGGAGGAGGGGAUUUCUCAUCUCCAGUGACAGUAUCUCUGAGAGAGCCGUCACCUGACUCCAAACUCUGACCCACCAGUCACUGCCAUUGUCUGUUACCGUCAUUGUGGUCGUCAUCGUCUUCCUCGCUAUCAUUGUGGCCAGUCUUGUCGCCUACAUCUACUGGUCAGUGCCACAACUAAACAACUAGAAUAAUACAUACACAGGCAUGUAUAUAGCAAGCCUCUGAAUUCCCAUUACAGAGAUUCUUUACAAGUAGUAUGUUGGUGAAGAAAGGUACGCGAUGAUGAUAGAUAAACGAAAAAACACAGCUACAGGACACGUUUAUUCUAUGGAAUCAUAC